AUGGUUAAAGAGCAGCUCAGGCUAGCCGAGCUUGAAGGCGACAAGAAGAAGGCAGCGGAGGCACAAGUGCGGCUGAGAAAAGAGGAGCUUAAGCUAGCCAAGUUUGAAGGCGAAGAGGAGUUGGCGCAUGCUAAAAGAAAUUUGACGGAGGCGAAUCUCAAUCUCUCUGUGGCAACUGUGAGUGAAUUGCUCAGAAAUGCAACAGGGGAAGAUGCUGCUCGACUAAGCAGGGAGCUCGAGGUUGCAAGGUAUGCUCUGAUCUCACACCAAGGUGAUGGCUCAGGCAAGUUCCUUUCAGUUCUGUGUGCGCUCUGCGGCCACAAGUGUCUGAAUGGGGUUCCCUGA